GCAACCAUGUGCUUCGUCUUGAUAUUUUGAUGUGUAGCGUGUGCUGGAAAUAUCCGACACAUUCUGGCUUCAAUGAAAAGCGACGCAGCAGCGACAGCAGGCGUACAGGGCAGCGGCAGCCGUGCUUGGAUGGAGGUAGUGCUUGGCUCGAGCGGCGAGUAUUGCCUGGCACAGCACAAAUAAGGGAGCCCCUCUGCCAAUGUACUGUGUGCCCUAUGGGGUAAGCGGUCUGGCUGACUGUGCAGUGCUGCGCCGCUGUGCCAUGUCCGCACCAGCCAUGAGGCAAAAGGGGGCAGCCAUGCGGCCGGGGCCUUCCGAGAUCGACUUCAAGAACAUGCGCUUUCUCAUCACGGACCGCCCCACUGACGCCACUGUGCCAGCCUUCCUGGAGGAGUUCAAAAAAAGGAAUGUCAAGGAUGUGGUCAGGGUAUGUGAAGCCACUUAUCAGAAGGAUUUGCUUGAGAAGGAAGGCAUUAACGUGUGGGACUGGCAGUUCGAUGAUGGGUCCCCACCCCCAGCACGUAUUGUGGAGGAGUGGUUCCAUUUGCUCAGGAAACGCUUCAAGGAGGACCCAGACUGCUGCAUAGCUGUACACUGCGUUGCCGGCCUGGGCAGGGCACCUGUAUUGGUUGCAUUAGCGCUUAUUGAAUUAGGUAUGACUUAUGAGGAUGCUGUGGAGCUCAUAAGGCAGAAACGACGGGGAGCCAUCAAUGCCAAGCAGCUCUCCUACUUGGAGAAGUACCGUCCCAAGUCGCGGCUGAGGCUGCGCAAUGGGCAUCGGCAGUGCACCAUACAGUGAAGGCUUCCCUUUUUCCGAUCCACCUUUUAUUUUUAUUUUUCUAUGUUGCUGCGACCAUUUUGACCUCGCUCCUGGCAGUUUAUUCCGCCAUCUUUCCUUCCCCACUCUGGGCACGUGGCUCCUUGGAUGCGGUGGCACCCUCGUGUUCAAACUCCCUUCGAGUAUUGGGAGGGAUGGCAAGCGACUUUCGCCUUGUCGCUGCACACAUUCAGCCAGUGCUUCUCGUAGCACUCUUUGGUUGACUUCUUGGCAUCCUUUUUUUUUUUUUUUUUUCAGUGUACACCUUUUUCUUUCAUCGUCUUCUAAUAUCCCACAUCUUAAUCUCGCAGCAGCAACUAACGUAUUUUGUCCAUUCACGGAGUGGCAGAGUGAUAGGAUCCAGAGAGUGUAUUUUGCGGAAACUGCAGGUGAGGUGAUUGAUGCAGGGGUGCAUGCGUUCGGACUGUUGCAAAGUAGCGGUAAUUGUUUACUUUCGUUCAUGCACCUUUCCUCUCGUUCUCCCACAUCCUCAUUGUGUGGUAUAAAAAAAAAACUCCUUUCUAUCUCUGAACAUCUCAAAGUGUAGAGCCAGUGUGCCCAGAGCUUUUACCUGAGUUUUUUUGUCUCGCCAUCACACUAUUCGCAUCUUUGCUAGAGUGCUCUUUUUUUUUUUCCCUUUUUCAUUGUUGCGUAUAGUUUCAAUUGCAUUAUAGAGGAGCCCUUUCAAAGCUGUCUCUGAAGCGGAUCCUGGGAUCUUCCUUUUUUUUCUCCCUCUUCCUAGUCCUUUUAAUUUAGGCGAGUUUCUUUGCAAUAUGCUUUUUUUUGCUGGCGGCUGCAAAGGCGUGAGCGAUGAGUUUACAUAUAUACACCCCUUUUACUCCAUAAUGCACGAGCCCAAGUUAAAGGAACAAAGGAGGUGUAUUUAGCCAGCCGUAGAUGUUCUCUUAUCCUUGUUUUUUCUAAGCAAAACUCUGUCGUGGUGGUGUUGCAAAUGGCAGACGAGCAUUCGACUUGGCUGCACCUAUCUAUGAAAACUCGUUUAGCUCAAAGAACAUUCGCGAUUCAAUUUGCGUUCUCCAGCAUCUGAUGGUCUCAUUCAGUGCUCGUGGAAAUGCUUUUUUUCUGUUGAUGACGCGCCAUUAAUUAUUUAUUCCGUAGAGAAAAGUUGCUCCGAAGCCGCCACACGACACAGGAAAUGCCAUUGGGAUUGCCCGUCAUUGCUACUUUUUUGCCAUUCUCCGCGACUUUGUCGUGUUUAGUUAGCUCAAUGCAAAUCUCUCGUUCCCUCCUUUUUAAUUCGUGCCGACGUGACUACUCAGGUGUGCUGGCUAGUCGUGCAUGUAGGGAGGCCUGCCUGCCUGCCAUUGGGGGACGUGAAUGUGUUGAUGUAGCAGCAAAACGUCAUGUAAAAUAUGUUGUUUACAUAUCCAUUUGGAUUGUGCCCUUGUGAAAAAAAAAAAACUAACUCAUGGUGUUUCGACAGCGAUUAUAAAGAUCUUUUCAGAUAA